AUGAUGUUUCCAAUCGUUCUGUCCACUCUCCUCACACUACCUAUCGUUCAAAUGUGUAUUGGUAUGAUACCUCCAGAAGAUGUAUCGGUUGGUACAAUAUCUGCUACUCUAUCUACUACUCAAGCUUCUCCGAUAACUACUACACAAUGUACAGCGUCAUCGUGCCCAUCAACGACUACAGCGGUAAGAGUGACUCCUGUAACUGUAACCACAGCAACUGUCACAAUGGUUCCCACGUUGUGCACAACAUGUGAUAUAGCUGCGAUCGCACCAGUUAUGGAAGCCAACACAGUUUUUGAGAAUACGUGGGCUCUUCAAAUGUAA